AAAAACGAAAAUUAAUCAUAAAAACCGUAGAGGAGUCAGGAAGGCCUCUUCUGCUCUCUCUCUCGCCAUAUUGAUUUUCGCCAUCUUCACCACCACUGCCUUCUCCCUCACCACCCCUCUUCAAUCGAGCCUCUGUUUCUGUAAUCCUAUUGGCCUGUUCGAUUUUUUUGAUCAGUGAUUAAUUAAUCAGUAGCCAUGGAUGCUGAUUCGUGGUCGGCUCGUCUAUCUUCCGCCUCCAGACGUUAUCACUCCGCGUUUCAGCCUCGAUCUGGGAUGAAAUGGGAAGGUUUUGAUGCGGAAAUGUUGAUGGGUUUCGAGGAAAUUGACAUGGUCGACGAUGAUAUCAGAGAGGAAUUUCCAUGCCCGUUUUGUUCCGAGUAUUAUGAUAUUGUCGGAUUAUGUUUCCAUAUUGAUGAUGAGCAUCCUCUCGAGGCCAAGAAUGGGGUGUGUCCAGUUUGUGCAAUGAGAGUGGGGGUUGAUAUGGUUUCACACAUAACAUUGCAACAUGGGAAUAUUUUCAAAAUGCAGCGCAAGAAGAAAUCACGUAAGGGUAGUUCUCACUCAACGCUUUCAUUGUUAAGGAGGGAAUUGCGAGAAGGAAAUUUGCAGCCUUUCCUAGGAGGGUCUUCCCGUACAGUUUCCUCGAGUAGUUCUGCACCUGACCCAUUGUUGUCAUCGUUUAUUUUACCAAUGGCUGAUGAUUUUGGGAGUGCUCAGGCGCACUCUAUUCUUGAAACAGUCUUGGCCAAGGAGAGCACAUCAAAAUGUGUUUCAGAAAGAAAUGUUGGCCAACAACCUCUCUUGUCAACCAAGGACAAAGAGGAGAAGGCGAAGCGGAGCGAGUUUGUUCAAGGGCUAUUGUUGUCCACCAUUGUUGAUGACAGCAGCUAGCUAGCUUAUCAAGUGUGGAUGCUGAAGAUGCAUGUGGAUUCAUUCCCAAGUUUACACAUGAUAAUGGCUUCUCUCUCUUUGUGUGUUAAGGAAGGGGAUUUAUGCCAAAAUCAAAUAUAAUAUGGGGAAGGAAUCAUUCAAUCCACAACAGAAUAAGAAGAGUUGGUGAUAAUUGUAAGUUAUGCACCUGUAGAAGAAUUUAGCUGUUCUGUUAGGUGGCCUGGCCAACUGAUAUAUACCUACUUUUCAUAUCAGUUCCAUGCUUUAUGCUCUCUCUCUCUAGCAGUUUCCUUUCUUUUCAUGGCUCAUGAUUGCUGCUGAUUGAAUGAAGAAUACAGAUAUGGAGGGGAAUAAUACUUGUACUAUUUUUAUACAAA